CUUUCAAUAUAUUAUACAAAAACUGUUAGUUACAAUUUAACAUUAUAAUAAUUAUUAUAAGUCGUUUUCUCGUGUUCAAUUAUUGUUUAUUAUUCUACGUCGCAGUGUAGAAAUAAGGCCUCAUAAAUACUUGAAAUCCAUAACGGAGUCGUAGAGGAUAAAGGAUGGUACUUGUAGAAAAAUAAUAAAUCGGAAAUGAUCGCGGGGGAAAGUUUCUAAUCAAUAAAUAAAUGAAUGUCGACCGAAAUGAAAACAUGUGAGCCGCGUUUCAGUCAAACUUUUGUAAGCAGGGAGUAAACAACCUUUUAACCCUCAACUAGUUCGCUUCGCUACUCGCCGCGCCGCAGUCGCCUCGCUUCGUAUCUUCCGUGCCAUCUCUACGAAAAGUUUGCCAGAAAAUGAAAUUCUGUAUAGGUUUCUAUCUCACAUAUGAAUAAUAAUCACCAACCGCAAAUACUCCGUUAUUAUUUCCUCUCAAAUGGUUAGUAUGAAGAAGCUCUCGGGAUUUCGACAACUAUCAUUAAACUGCGAUUCUCCUCAAACACCGCCACGAAGACCACCGUUGAGGAAACAAUUUUCCGAAGAUAUCAACGACUACAAAGCUUGGCCAGAGCACGAUUUGAGCAUCAAAAUAUCUUUAAACAAUAGAAACCUUAGAAAUCCAUUUAUAAAAAAUGCUUGGAUAGAGAACGCGCUUGAAAUUUCAAAAGAAGAUCCGGUUAUAAUCAAAAAAUGUAGCGAAAAUAGAAGAAUUCCACCGAAUAACUUAGUCAAGCAAACCUCUCUAGACAAAGAAACUUUGAAAUCACGACAAGAAUUAGCUGAUAGAUUAAAACAAACUUUAAAAACGCAAGAGCAAAAACCCAACAUUAGAAUUUUUUUAGCGCAACACCCCAAAGAACCCGAAAAACAAGAAGACCUGAACGAACCACCAAAAUUAAUACCGUCUCUCACAACUGGUAUCGUAGAUAACGAUAAAAGUUCCUUCAAAUUGCGGAAAAAUGCCAAACAAAAAAUGAUUUUCAAUACCUCACAAGAUAACUGGCAAGUGCCAAAUAAAAAACCCGUCGUCGAUCAAGAUAACGAAAGCGUCUUAACAAACGAAAAAAUAUCUUGCAAUGAAGUUAAACCUAUAGAUUCGGUGAUUAUAAGACCGGCGACAGCAGCAUCGAAAAGAGAAAUGUUUCAAAAACGUACAAAUUCUGCUUUUAACACUACCGUAAACUUAAAAGACACAACGAAACCCAGAAAACCACUCAUCAGAUCAUCAUCGGCUCCGUGUAAACCGGAACGUAUAAAAACAAAAAUGUUAAGCAAACAUAGUAAGCACAAAUCGCUUAAAAAAGUUCAAACCAAAUCUCCUAAAAACGAAGAAGUCGAUAAGGUUACCGAGGACAAUCCUAAGAGUCAAAAAGAACUUAAUAGAACUGCUGCAGUACAAGGGAACGACGUGGUCACCAUGGUAUCUUUAAUAAGUCCGAGUGGAAGCGAAUGUGAAGAAGAAGAAGACGAUAUAGAGGAAGAUAAAAUGAAAAGUAAAAAUGAAUACAUAAAUACUGAUAAAACUAAAGAAAAGCUUGAGGAGCAGAAGCCGCCCCCGAAAAUGAUGUCGCUAAGGAAAGCCGUUAAAACUGUAUCAUUUCAACAGUCCAGUAUACAUGCCAUCAGAAGUUUUUCUGCUAGUUUUCCCGCACGAAGAGCUUCAGUAACCGCUGCAAUGAUGUUGAAUAACCAUUUGAAUAAUUCCACGAAGGUACAAGAAAAGAGAAGUACCAAUACUUCAACACCCGAUGACGACGAAAGAGUGCCAAAACGACGUCUGGUUAGAUGCAAUACCGGAGACACAAAAACUAACAGUUUUGAACAAGAGGAGAAACUGGAUGAACAUGAAACAAGUGGAGGCCAAAGCAAUGUUACAUCAAAUUUUGGAGUGGAAAUAAAAGCUAAGAAAUUCACUGAGAAUCAAAUCAAGGAUACCAAUAAACAAUCUACUAUGGAAGAACAAGGUGAUAAACUUCAAUCGGAAGCUAAUGAAGAGAAUAAAGAUAAUGACGCCAAAAAGGAAGCUAAUUCGAAUCCGGCUUUGAAAUCACACAAAGAAAAACAAUGUUGGUCGAUGUACUGCAAGAUGUCCGAAAAAGGCGUUAAUAUUUCUUUCGAUACUAUAUUAAGAGGAAUGUUGACUCCGACAGAAUACAGAAUCAGUAAAAAACAUUUAUUAGCCAAUUCUGCUACUGGAACAUCUGAAGAUCCUAAAUAAUAUUUUUUUAUAAAUAAAUAACGAAUUGCUUUGUAUUGCUAUUUAGUGAGUAAUCACUGUUAACACAUUAUUAAAUGUUUUCCCCGUA